AUCUGUCUUACCUUACCUAACCUUACCUCUCCCCACACAUACAAUACUUCCAGCGUGCUAGCGUACAAGUAAAUAGUUCAUCGCCACCUUCUUAUCGCUUGUACGCGCCGCACCUACAUGUACAUACAUACAUACAGUACAUGAUACAGAUUCAUACAGAUUCAACGAUAACUUCAAGGUCUGCCAGUCUGGUCGUCAAGUGCAAAGGUACCUAUUUGUAGGUAUUUCAAUUUAUUAACAACAAAUGAACUUUUUUAACAUCGACAUCAAUCCUUUUCAUUUCCCACUGCGGAACCAAACCAAGUCCCAAAAAAUGCCAGAAAAGGCCGUCCCCCUCUCCACUCCACACGCGGGAAAGGGCGGGAAGGGUCUUGGUGGUAAAGGCCUCGGAGGUAAAGGUGGGCUCAAGCGUCACCGCAAGCUCCUCCGUGACAACAUCCAAGGAAUUACUAAGCCCGCCAUCAGACGACUGGCGCGCCGAGGUGGUGUCAAGCGAAUAUCCGGUUCGAUCUACGACGAGGUCCGCUCUGCCCUAAAAGCGCGACUGGUGGAGAUCGUACACGACUGUAUCAUACAUACAGAAUACCGCAUGCGAAAGACGGUUACCAUCGGCGAUGUCCUGCAAUCCCUGAAACGACUUGGCCAGCCCAUCUACGGUUUCGACGACGUCAGCGGUGGUGGUGGUACCAUUGCUUCCAGGAGCCAAGCUGCUAAAAACCCUCAAUACGAUUAAUUAAAUAACGCAACAAGCUAAGGGGGGAAAUGAAUCCCACGCAUCGAUUGAUUCAAAGGAGUUGAGGUUGCGGAAGCAUGGCGCUUCAAAUAAACUACUACAGGGAGGAACACCGCCUUGCCAUGGACGUAAUUACCAUGAGAGCAGGUGGAUGUGAUUUGCAGCGUUUCGUGAUGGGAAUGUGUUUGCAAUGAUUUAACGAUACCCAUUUACGUAAGUCAAAAACGACAAAGGAGGAGAUAAGAGAGCAGGACACAAAGGUCUGUACAUACGUAUCCUAGGUGGCUAUAUAGGGGUGCCUAGCUUUAAGAUGAGAUAGAUAGCAUUCAUGCCUCUAUGAAAUACCACAAAGAGACUCAUGUUAACAAGA